GGUUGUCACUUGUACAGGACAUCCACCGAGUCAGCCUAGCAUCAUUUCACAACACACCCAAAAACCCAACUUUUAACAAUAAUAUCCUCUGCCUCUGUUUUCAAACUAAUAUCCUCCUGCUCCUCCAAACUCUACUACACUUUCCAAUUCCAAUGGAAAAUUUCUCCUACAACUCCUACCCUGAGUCAGGCGACUCGUCCCCCCGAUCCCGAGAAAUCGACUUCGAAAACCCGCCACCCUGGGAGGACUCAAACUACAAGGUGAAGUUCAUGUGCAGUUACGGCGGCAAAAUUCAUCCUCGCCCUCAUGACAACCAGCUUGCUUACGUGGGUGGCGAAACCAAGAUCUUAGCGGUCGAUCGAUCCAUUAAAUUUGCGCAUCUCGCGGGUAAGUUAUCCGCGAUUUGCGACAACUCGGAGGUCUGUUUUAAGUAUCAGUUACCUGGUGAGGAUCUCGACGCGCUGAUCUCGGUGACUAAUGAUGAUGAUUUGGAGCAUAUGAUGCAUGAGUAUGAUCGGCUUUAUCGAGCGUCUUCGAAACCGGCGAGGUUGAGGUUGUUUUUGUUUACGGUGAGUAGCCAGACCGGGAGUUUUGGAUCUGGUGACGCGAAGUCGGACCGGGACCGAUUUGUUGACGCGUUGAAUACCGGUCCCGUUCAGGCUCCGGUUGUUCCGCCUCCGAAUAACGUUGAUUUUUUGUUCGGGCUGGAGAAAGGAGCUGUGCCGCCGUCGGCUGUUGUUGCGGCGGCGAUGGCGAGAGCUCGGGAUCCGGGUUAUUCGGAGGCGGAUGUCGUGAUUCAAAAUCACGAGGAUCGGAUCGUGUCUGAUCGACACGAUCCGAUCCAGAAACAUAUCCAGGACUUGCAAAGACUAAGAAUAAGCGAAGAGCAGCAGCCCCAGGCCGCUGCUUUUCGCAGAAAAAGCGAUGAGUAUUAUGUACAAAAGAUGCCGGAAAAAUUAGCGCCGUCACAGACUUUACCCGCGCAUCUACCCGCACAAUCUGUUCCAAUUCCAGCGACUUACUGGCCGGAAAAACAGAUGCCUUAUCCCCCGAGUUCAAUCGGACCAGAUCAUCAACAGCAGCAACAGCAACAGCAACAAGUUUACAUGAUUCCAUCGCAACCAAACAUGUACCAAAUGGCCCGACCCGUGACCGGACCAGCCGGUCAACCAAAUCAAGGCUACUAUAUGCAGCGCAUGACACCUGAAGUUUACAGGGAGCAGCCUGUAUACAAUGUUGUGUCACAAGCACCACAGCCUACUUUACCGCCUCAAGUAGUCCCCAAAACGACACCGUUCCAGGCAACAACUACUGUGAUGGACAGCGGUUACACACAGGUUGCUUAUGACAGUGCUAGUGGUAGACAAGUUUACUAUACUACGCCUCCGGGCGUAGUUUCGCAACCGCAGGGGCCAGUGCCCCUGCAGUAUCAGCCCGCGCCAGGAUACGCGGUGGCGGGGAAUUACAAUCAGGAGGGCGGUAGUAAGGUUGUUCCGGUGAAGGUCUCGCAAACAUCAGGCUGAAAUUUUUAGUUUUGUAUUAGUAUUUUAAUUCUGUUGUGUUAUUGUUAAUUACUCUUAAAGCUACAAUAUACCAUAUGUCAUCAUGUGCUAUCAGUUAUCAGUGUGUUUGUAAAUAUAAUUGUGGAUUAUAUGUUUAUGCGUGUUUAUGUUAA